AUGAAUGAAAAAAAAUUUCAUUUUUAUGGUAAAACUAAUCAACAACAAAAUAUAAAAAUUGUACCUUUUCAAUGUAUAUUGAAAAAUUCUCCUUCUAUUGAAGAAUAUACAAAAAAAGAAAAAAAUAAUAUAAAAGAUGAUGAUGAUGAUGAUGUUAUAUAUGAUGAUGUUCCUUCUACUUCUUCUUUAUCAAUUAAUCCUUCAAAAAAUUUUGUAAAACCAUCAAAUGAGGAUAGUGAUUUUUCUUCUUCUUUCAAUGAAAGAACAAUUGAAAAAUUUAUGUCUUCUAUGUUAGUUAAUGCUAAAGAACUUUGCUCAAUUGAUCAAUAUCAAAAAAGUGAAAAAGAAUCAAAAAAUAUUUGUAAUUUAAGGCAUUAUAAAGAAAUUGAAAUGGGAAAUAAAUUUAGUAAAGAAUUAGAUAAAAAAUUUUUUGAAAGAAAAAUGGAUAAUAAUGAAAUUAUUGAGGAAAAAAAUAUUUUACAAAAUAAAAAAUUAAAUUUAGGAUCACCUUUAUCUAAUUCAGAUUCUCAUAUUAUUUAUCAAUCUACAUACAAUAUAAAUAAUACUAAAAAAAUUUUGAUUACUAAUUCAUCAAGAGAAUCACCAACAUUAUCUUCAACAUCAUCCAUUAUUUCAUCACCAGAUUACCAUAAUUAUAAUAACUUUAAAAAUUAUAAGGCAAACGAACCUCCAAAAGAGGUAAUCUUAAAAAGAAAUAUCAAUCAUCAUAUAGAUGAUAUAAAUAAAAAAGGAGUUUCAUCAAAUAUUUCUAUACCAAAUAAUUGUAAUAUAGUUAAAAUUGAUGGGUAUUCUAAUCAAAAUUUAUACAAUAAUAAUAUUAUACUAGAAAAGAAGAAUAAUAAUAAAAAAGAGAAGAAGGAGAAAGAUAACCACUACAUAAAAGAAGGUGAAUAUUCACAAAGUUCUUCUAUAUUAUUACAAUCUUCAUCAUUAUCAUCAGAUCACCAUCAAUCUACAAUUAAUAAGAAUAAUAAUAGUGUUGAUAAAUUGAUGAUGAAAGAUAAAGAAAAAGAUAAAAAUUUUAGUGGUGGUUUAGUUAAAAGUUCAACACUUAUCUCAGUUAAUCCUUUAAGAUCUCUUGUUGUGAAUGAUGAUGGUUAUUAUUCACAUAGUCCAGAUCUUUCAAAAAAAUAUUCUAACAAUAGAAAAAAUUCUUCAAUAACUUUAAAAAAUAGUUUAACGUAUCAUCAUAGUUUUUUUUCUCCAUUGAAAAAUAGUAAAUCAGGAUAUAGUUCACAAUUAAUUGAUAAUCAAAAAUCAUGGUUACCAAAUAUUACAAAAAUAUCUACAUCAAUUAUCUCUGACUCAUCUGAUGAUGGUAAAUUAUAUGGAACACCUUUAGAUAAUGAUAUACAUUUAAAUAGGAGUUUACUUUAUCAAACAGUAUCAAAUAUUGAUUUUCUCGUUGAUACCUCAUCAGCAUGUCUUUUUGGAUUACUUGAUAAACAUUCAACAUCUAGGUUACUUAACACAAAAAAAGUUGCUGCAUUUAGUUAUAAUAUAAGAAGAUUUUUUAGUAGUAAUAAACAAUCUUCAAAAAAUGGUGAAAUAACAUUUUAUAGAACAUCAAAAAUACCAUCUUGUUUUGGAAUGUCUUUAGGUGAUGUUCAGGGGUAUUGUGAAGGUGAGACCCUACCUAAAUGUAUUUUUGAAAUAAUGAAAUUUAUUCUUGAUAAUGCUUCAACAACUGAUGGAAUAUUUAGAAAAAGUGGUGUUAGAAGUAGAAUAGAAAGGUUAAAAUCUCAAUGCAUUACCAAAUUUCCAAAUGAAAAAGUUUUUUACAAGGAUACUGGUGAAUGUCUUUUAAGUGUAUCACAGGUACAUGAUGUUGCUGAUACACUAAAACAAUAUUUUCGUGAGAUACCGGGUAAAUUAUUUUCUGAAAAAUUUAGUGAUUUUUUUAUUACUAUUGCUAAUGGUCUUCCAAAUGAUAAACAAAUUGAGGCAUUAAGAUAUGUUUUAAUAUUAAUGGAAGACACUAAUAGAUAUGCAGCAUUAACAUUAUUUUCUUUUUUAAAUAAAAUUAGUUCAUGGGCUUCUGAAAAUAAUAUGUCGGCUGAAAAUUUAGCAGUCUGUUUUACACCAUCUUUAUUUAAUUUAAAUACUGAAUCAGAUAAAACAACAAAUUCAAUGUCAAAUUUACGUUUGAAACGUCGUAAGACAAUAGCAAUGCCAUCUGAACAGGAAUUAAUGGAAUACCAAGGAGCACAAAAAUCUUUAGCAUUAAUGAUAAAACAUUAUGAUCAAUUAUUUAAUUUACCUACUGAUUUAUGGAAACAAUUAAUGAUAAGAACUACUUUUUAUGUCAAUAAUUGUUAUACUCAACCAACAAUUAAUAUUAAUAAUAUAACUGAAAGAGAUAUAAAAGAAUGCCAAAAUCAAAUAAGAGAAUUAGUAAAUGAAAUAAUUAAUGAUUAUGGAUUAGAUUGGAGUACAUGGAUUCAAGAUUGUUGUUAUAAAGAUAUCACAAUAUAUCAUAAACCAAUUGGAAAAUGUAAAUUUCAAUUAAUUAGAGCAUCUUUUACAAUUGGUGUAAGUCCUCAUGAAAUGUGGAAAGUUUUAAAUAAGAAUCGUCAAGCUUGGGAAAAGAAUAUUGAUUAUACUAGUAGUUUGGUUGUUAUUACAAAUGACAGUGAUAUUCAAUUGAUCUCAUACAAAAAUUAUGAUGAAAGACAAGAAAAUUCUAAAAAAUGUUUACUAUUUAGAACAUGGAAAAAAGAUUCACCAGAAUUAAGAGGUGGUGUUGUAUUGGCUGAAAGAAGUAUUUAUGAUAAAGAAUUUUCUCAAUCUAAUAGACAUAAUAUCUUUCCUGACGUAACAUUUUCAUGUUUUUUAAUUAUGCCAUUAGGAAAUGGGUCGUCAAAGGUAAAUUAUAUUCAUAGAGCAGAUGUGAAAGGACGAAGUGAGGUCUAUUACUCAAAAGUUUACCCAAAAAUUAUUACUCAACAAAUGAUUAAUUUAAAAAAUUUUUUUAACACAAAUUUAUUAUCUAAAAAUUUUUCUAACGGUCCAUUAAAAGGAAAAGAAUCAUCUUUUUAA